GGUACAUCUCCUCAUCACUGUACUUUUCUUCAGCCACCUCAAACCUCACUCUUAGCUCAUCAACCAAAGAAACUUCAAUCGUGAUAUGCAAAUCUCAAUUAUUCAUACAGAUAAAUUUAAUGCCCAUACUAUCUGGCGAUGGAACGAAAGAACUCAGAAGCUGGCCCUCCGAACAAUCCUUUAAAAAUACCCGUUGCAUCAUUUCCUACGCAUAACUCACCUCGAGUUUGGUUCUUGACCUCUGCUUUAUCUCCAUUAUCCGUCCGAUUAAUCAGACUUCUUCUCAAGCAUGGCGAUUAUGUAGCUGCUGGUCUACCGCCAAGUGAAAUCGAGGAUGAUGAGCGAUGUGUAGAGUUCAAGGAACUGAUCAAUGAUUGCAAUAGUAGCAAAAAGCAGUGUGAGGGGUGGAAAGACAGAAUUCGAGGGAUUCGGGUUGAUGGAAGGGCCAAAUCUCAAUGUUUAGCAGCCAUUGCAGAGGCUAUCAAAGUAUUCGGUCGUAUAGAUAUUUUGUUGUGCUCUUCAUCAGAAGCUGUUGUUGGUACGGUAGAGGAACUUUCGACAAAUCCAGCUACUCAAAGUCUGGUUCGUGAUCAAUUCGAAGCCAUCUAUUUCAGUCAGAUCAAUUUUAUCAAAUCCGCUUUACCCCAUCUUCGCCAAAAACGCGAUGGUCAUAUCCUCAUUCUUACUGGAAUUACUGGACACAUAGGUACACCUGGAAUGUCCAUGUAUUGUGCUGCGACAUGGGCUUUGGAAGGAUUUUGCGAUGCCCUGACAUAUGAGAUUGCUCCAUUCAAUAUAAAAUUGACCAUCGUUCAACCGAAUAAAGAGAUUCCACUACUCACGAACAAGAUUAUGUUCGCUCCACAGUUACCACAAUAUGAAGCUCAAAAUAAUCCAGCUCCACAAUUGAGGGAAGUCUUGACGCACGUGUUAAAUUCACAUCCAGAUACUCGGAUGGACCCACAGACUGGGAAAAGUACCAUCGAGUCGAGAUUUCCUAAUUUACCUAGCGAAUUGAGAGAUAAGCUGGUCAUGGAAACUGUUCAUGCUUUGACGGCAAUUGGAGGUCACGAAAAUCCGCCAGCAAGACACAUUGUAGGGUAUGAAGGGAUAGCAUCGGUUAAAGAAAAGCUGAAGACAGUCAGCGAAGAGAUGGAAGAUUUUGUAGAAGUUAGUUGUGCGGUGGAUAUCUACACUAAGAGUGCCGUUAAUCAGGCAGCGUUGGCUGAAAUCAGAUCUCAGCGUAAGCGUAGUGGCAGUCAGGAUUCUAAUGAUGAAGAAUCGACUCCAGUUUUAUUUUAAUGGGAACUUUGAAAUCUUUUGGAAUUCACUUUACUUCCUUCUAGAGACUGAGUGAAUUGUAAGAAGAACGCCAGGCUGAAAUUCAAGGCCGAGAUUGGAAAGCUAUAUAUAUAUAUAUGUAUAUAUAGCUGAAUUAUAUAGAUACUCAUUAGUAUUUCUCUAAAUUGAAAGUGAAACUCACA